AGCCUCAGGGGGACCUCCGCCCUACCAAACCACUGAACCCCCCUUUGGAGAAGGAGACAACCACCAGAGCAAAAUGAGCAACAACGUGGAAGCCAAAAUUGCAUACAAUAAUAACUACACUAAACUAAGCACUGGUAAUCCUUCAGUGUACCGACUGAAUCUAAAGGACAAAGGAAGAGAUGAUCUUCACAAAAAAGACUUUGGUUCAGAUAAUUUUAAUCAACCAAACAAAACAAUAAUGCUCCUGGGUGCCACUGGCUCAGGAAAGAGCACUCUCAUUAAUGGCAUGAUCAACUACAUACUGGGAGUGGAGUGGAGUGAUUCACACAGAUUUAAACUGAUCGAUGAACAGACCAACAAAACACAAGCUGAGAGCCAGACUUCAGAAGUUACAGCAUAUCAGAUUCACCAUCAAGAUGGCUUCCGAGUUCCCUAUUCAGUCACGAUCAUCGACACACCAGGGUUUGGAGACACAAGGGGAAUCACACAAGACAAGAUGAUCACUGAGAAGAUCAGGAAGUUCUUCUCAGAUGAUUAUGGCAUUCUUGGCCUUGAUGCUGUUUGUUUUGUGGUACAGUCAGCUUUAGCUCGACUAACCCAAAGCCAGAAAUACAUUUUUGAAGCUAUUCUUUCCAUCUUUGGAAAGGACAUUGCAAACAAUAUCACCAUUAUGAUCACCUUUGCUGAUGGGCAGAAACCUCCUGUACUCGAGGCCAUUAAAGCUGCUGAUAUUCCUUGUGCAAAAAAGGAAGAUGGAACAUUUCUUCAUUUCAAAUUCAACAAUUCUGCACUUUUUGCUCAGAAUAAAGAGCUGGACGAUGAAGACAACUUUGAUGAAAUGUUCUGGAAAAUGGGAAAAGGAAGCAUGAAACGAUUCUUUGAUCACCUGCAGAAAAUGGAGACCAAAAGUCUUCAGCUCACAAAAGAAGUUCUGUCUGAACGCAAAAACCUGGAGGCAGUAGUAGCUGGAGUGCAGCCACUCAUCCAAACUGGUUUGAACAAACUUGAGGAAAUCAAAACGACAGCAGCAGCACUGGAACAGAACCAAACUGUCAUAAAGGAAAAUGAAAAUUUUGAAUAUGAGGUUGAAGUAGAAAAGAGUAAGAAGAUUGACCUUGAAAAGGGUGAAUUUGUAACAAAUUGCCAUGCCUGCAACUACACCUGCCAUUACCCAUGUGGAAUUCCAGAGGAUGAAAAUAAAAGCCAUUGUGCAGCAAUGACAAAUGGCAGCUGUACAGUGUGUCCUGGUAAAUGCAUCUGGAAUGUGCAUCAUAACAUGACAUACAGAUUUGAAACUGAAAAAGUAAAAGAGAGAAGGACAUAUGCAAAUCUAAAAAAGCAAUAUGAAGAGGCUUUGGGGAAAAAUAUGUCAAUAGAGAAAAUCAUUAAGCAGUUGGGAAUGGAAUAUGAGUAUGUACAAGUUCAAGUCUUGGAGCUGAGUGAGAAACUUGCCAAAAGCCUGGCGCGUCUGAAGGAAAUUGCUCUUCGCCCAGAUCCCUUGACCACACCAGAUUACAUUGAACUACUGAUUGAGUCUGAGAAGCAGACAGCCAAAGAAGGGUACUUAAAGCGCAUUGCUGAGUUGGAGGAGAUAAAGAAAGGUGCUGUGAUUCUGCAGAAGGUGGAGAAGGGAGAACCACUCACUGAGCAGGAGUACAGUUAUCAGGAAUUCGUCAGAACAGCAGUUCAGAAAUUUAAUGGCAUAUUUAAUAUUAAACAAUGGUUUUUAAAUAAAUAUGAAAAAAAUUGGGGGGGGGGGACACGACACACAAAAUUGGAAAACUGGAAAAAGAAGCACAGUUGUAUAGUGCUAGAAUUAUGUGGUACCUGAGAGAACAGGUACUUUUUGCAAAGAAAAAUACUUAAAGUUUUAUUUGUUAGAGUUUAUUUCGAUCUUAAAGGUGGCAUAUUAUGCCCCUUUUCCAUAAGUUGACACAGUUCCCUCAGGUCUUAAUGAAAUGUCUGUGACGUACUUUGGUCAAAAUACUACAAAGAUAAAGCACCACAGCACCUUCUCACCCUGUCGAAACAGCCCUGUUCAAAAUGGCCGAUUUGAGUGACUGUUCCUUUAAAUGAUAAUGAGCCACUGCUCACCCCACCUCCCUCUUCUGCUGGCCAGUCAGGUAGCACUUUCCUCAUGACUCUUCAUUCGGAAAAGCAGUUCUCAAUCCAUGAGUGGAGAUACUCAGAUGAAGGGGCGGUAAAAUUCUAAUGAGCUCCUCUUGUGACAUAGAAAGGAGCUCCAAAUCGGCACAGUUUUCUGAAGCAUGCUUUCUGAAAUAGGCAGAACAAAACAAGCUGACUGGGUCGUCUUAUUUCAGAGUUUGUGGGUUGGUCGGAACGCCAGAUACCCAAAUGUAUGCGCAGAAGCACUGAAAAAGUGAGUUUUUCAUAAUAUGUCCCCUUUAAAUCAAGCUUAAAUUCUGAGUUUAUAUAUCAGGUGAUUAAAGUCAGAUAAGUAUUUUCUUUAGCUUCAAUAUUCCUACUUUUUACUAUUUUACUUUUGUUUUUCUUGGAUUAAAGUAAAUGGGAUUUUUUUUCUGCUUAAGUGCAAGUAUGUUACUACAGCAUAGUAUCUACAGCAAGGUCUAAAUACAAGUGACAAAAGAAGUUUGAAUUUAAUGCAUUCUGAAGAUCAUUUACAUGUUUUGUUAAUUAAAUAGACAAAACAUUAAACUGUUUUUAUUGUAUCUUCUCAUUAUACAAUGUAUACAAAAUCACACAAUGUAUAAAACCACAAGAAGGGUUUAAGAUCAAAGAAACCCACUGACUUGUAUGACAGAGUGACAGAAUGGCUGAAAACAAAAUCAGGAAACUAGAAUAAGCAGCACAGCUUUGCAGAGCUAGAAUACUGUGUUAUCUGAGAGAAAAAUGAUAUAAAUCAAUUUUCAUUUUACAAAGAUACAUAUUCAGCUUUUUAUUUGUUCAAGUUUACUUUGAUCUUGAAUCCAGUUUAACUUCUGAGUGUAAACAUCAAGCAAUUAAAGUCAGUAAGUCUUUUCUUUAUUUUUAAUUUUCCUAUUACUUUUGUUUUACUUAAAUUAAACAAUGUUUUUUUUUUCUUCCGGUAACUGUAUGUUACUACAGCAUACUGUGGAGAGCAAGUUCUAAAUGCACGUCACCAAUGAAAAAAGAAGAUAUUGCAUUCUGGAACUCAUUUGCAUGUUUUGUUAAUUAAGUAGAUACGAAAUUAAGAGUUUUUUCUGGUUGUGUCUUAUAUAGUGGAUACAAUGUUUUUGCUGUAAUUGUUCAAUAAAA